UUCAAGUCACCUAUAUUGUUGGAUCUCCGCAUAGUCAGCUAUUUCCUUGGACUAUCACUUACCUUUUCAAAUCACUCUUACAAUAUAAUAAGCUUAUUAAUGUUGGCCACAUUAAUAAGCUUUAUCUUGCAUAAUAGUAAUUUGUGAUCUAUUGAGGAUAUGGAUUCACAUCAAAACUGUUUGCCAAUCACUUUGAAAGGUCCUAAUAGGGUUCCUAUGGUUAGGCGUGAACUUGGGUCAAACGGAACUAAGUUGUCUUUGCUGACCAAUCACUUUGAAGUGAAUGUUGGCAACACUGAUGGAUAUUUCAUCCAGUACAGUGUUGCUCUUUUUUAUGAAGAUGGAUGUCCUGUUGAGGGGAAGGGUUCUGGUCGAAAGAUAUUAGACCGAGUUCAAGCAACCUAUAAUUCUGAGCUGAAUGGGAAAGAUCUUGUAUACGAUGGUGAAAAAACAUUGUUCACUACCGGCUCUCUAGCUCAGAACAAGCUUGAGUUUACGGUUGAUCUUGAAGAUGUUACAUCAAACAGGAAUAAUGGUAACCUGAGCCCGAAAGUAAGUGGAAGUCCUAAUGAAGCUGAUAGGAAGAGGGUCCAAAAAUCCUUCCGUUACAAGAAAUAUAAAGUUGAAAUCAGCCUUGCCUCCAAAAUUCCUCUGCAGGCUAUUGCCAAUGCUUUAAAGGGGAAUGAGACAGAGAAUAAUCGAGAAGCCAUUAGGAUGCUUGAUAUUAUACUUAGACAACAUGCUGCCAAACAAGGUUGUCUUCUUGUGCGUCAAAAUUUCUUCCAUAAUGAUGCUAACAAUUUCACAGAUGUGGGAGGUGGUGUACUUGGGGCUCGAGGGCUGCAUUCCAGCUUUAGAACAACACAAAGCGGGCUUUCUCUGAAUAUAGAUGCCUCCACAACUAUGAUUCUCCGUCCUGGGCCUGUUGUGGACUUCUUGAUGGCAAACCAAAAUGCAAGUGAUCCUCUUAGUGUUGACUGGCCUAAGGCCAAAAGGACUCUAAAAAAUUUGAGGGUCAAAACCAAGCCUUCAAACCGAGAAUACAAGAUUACUGGGCUGAGUGACUUGUCUUGCAAGGAACAAAUGUUCACUCUGAAGAAGAAGAGAGGGGACGGAGAAGAUGACUCCGAGAAGAUCAGUGUAUAUGAUUAUUUCGUAAACCGGCGGAAUAUUACCCUGGGGUACUCAGCUGAUCUUCCAUGUAUUAAUAUUGGGAAGCCCAAACGACCUACUUAUGUCCCAAUUGAGCUUUGUGAUUUGAUCUCCCUUCAACGGUACACAAAAUCCAUAUCCCCUCUCCAACGGUCUUCUCUUAUUGAGAUGUCGAGGCAGAAGCCUCAAGAACGGAUGAGGGUUUUGUCCGAUGCACUGAAAUCCAGUAACUAUGAUUCUGAACCCAUGCUAAGGAACUGUGGCAUUUCUAUAACUUCUGGGUUCACACAAGUGGAUGGAAGGGUUUUGGAGGCACCGAGGCUGAAGUUCGGAAAUGGGGAAGAUUUCAAUCCGAGAAACGGGAAAUGGAAUUUGAAUAACAAGAAAUUUGUGGAACCUGUAAAAAUUGUAAAGUGGGCUGUGGUGAACUUUUCUACUCCUUGCGAUGUGCAAGGACUUGUCAGUGAUCUGAUUAAAUGUGGACGGAUGAAAGGAAUUCAAGUUGAACAUCCUUUUGAUGUGUAUGAAGAGCAAGGCCAGUUUAGGUGUUCAUCACCUGUCUUACGUGUUGAGAAAAUGUUUGAGCAUGUUCUGUCCAAACAUGCUGAUUCGCCUCAAUUUCUCCUCUGUCUACUUCCCGAGAGAAAGAUCUGUGAACUUUAUGGUCCAUGGAAGAAGAAGAGUCUUGUUGAAUUUGGAAUUGUUACUCAGUGCAUAGUGCCCUCCUCUAGCUUAAACGACCAAUACCUGACCAAUGUUUUAAUGAAGAUCAACGCUAAGCUUGGUGGGAUGAAUUCUCUUUUAGGGGUUGAACAUUCUUCAUCCAUCCCAAUUGUAUCUAAAGCUCCUACUCUAAUUUUGGGCAUGAUUGUUUCUCAUGGUUCACAUGGUCAUUCCGACAUUCCAUCUAUUGUUGCGGUCGUAGGCUCGAGACAAUGGCCACUAAUAUCUAAAUAUAGGGCAUGUGUCCGAACCCAGGGUUCUAAGGUUAAAAUGAUUGACAAUUUGUUCAAGCCAGUGCCUGGUACGAAGGACGAUGAAGGAAUUAUAAGGGAACUCUUAAAUGAUUUCUAUACAAGUUCCGGAGGAAGAAAACCGGAAAAUAUCAUCAUAUUCAGGGAUGGUGUCCGUGAGUCGCAGUUCAAUCAAGUCUUGAACAUUGAACUUGGCGAAAUAAUUAAGGCCUGUGAAUUUCUUGAUGAGACUUGGAACCCCAAGUUUACACUUAUCAUUUCCCAAAAAACAAGUUACGCAAAAUUCUUCAAUCCUGGAUCUUCAGACAAUGUGCCGGCUGGGACUGUUGUGGACAACCAAAUUUGUCAUCCAAAGAAUUAUGACUUCUAUAUGUGUGCUCAUGCAGGAAUGAUUGGGACUACUAGUAGGCCAACUCAUUAUCAUAUUCUGUUGGAUGAGAUAGGCUUUUCUACAAAUGAUCUACAGGAUCUGGUGCACUCACUUUCUUAUGUCUACCAGAGGAGCACCACUGCAAUAUCUGUUGUUGCUCCAAUCAGCUAUGCUCACUUGGCUGCCUCACAAGUUGGACAGUUUAUGAAGUGUGAUGAUAGAUCUGAAACAGCAUCCAUUCCCGGUGGAAUAAACGCCUCUCCAGUCCCACAACUUCCAAAAUUAAAAGAGAAUGUCCAAGAUUCCAUGUUUUUUGUUUAAUUUAAUAUGUAUUUUUUUUCUGAAUCCUUCUUCUUUCAGUCUUUCGUUUGGCAUUUUAGUUCUAGGUCUGACUUUUAGACCAUCAAAUUAAUCUAAGGUUUCAGA